AAGGUGGGGAAUGCGGAGGGUCUCUCCUUUCCCGAUAAACCCGGUUAUUUUGCUCCAAUGAGGAUGAAGAAACAAAGAAAACCCCUUCUCUCCCUUCAGUCACUUUGAAGCCUUCACUUAAAUCAUUUCGUUCUUCAUGUAUCUCAUAAUAUCAAUUUGUCUCCACUUCAAUCUCAUACAUGUAAUAAGAUGAUCUGUACAGCCAUAAUUAUCUUCUUGAACGAGCUCAAGAUUACAGAUCUGCGAGCUUUUGGGGUUUUAACAUCAAACUGCGAUUACCAUCUGGGAGCGUGACACCUGUAACAGCAUUACAUUUGUAAACCACUGUUCAGAGUUGCGGUAUUUUCAGGCUUUACUUUUGAAGGGCACCGCAGUGCACUUGCAAUAUUUAAAAAAAAAGAAAGCAAGAGAGAGGCGUCGGGCUAAGCUUAGCUUCCUGACGUAGACCAUGAUAUAUCGAAGUGUAAAAAGAUGCCUUUUUAUUGCUACUUCUCUGUGUUAUCUUCAUCAAUGCAUAGGACACAGCAACCCCUACUGCUGUGCUCUCUUCCUACUAUCAUGACCUUCUAAUCAAACCAUACCCACUUUCUCUCUCUAUCUGUCAAAGUACAAGGAAAAAAAGAAAACACACAAAGGCAGAAGGGUCACGUUUUACAGUUUCUUUGGUUGACAGUAAAAAGGCAUGAAACUAUUAUGGAGGUGGAGGAGAUUCAAACAGAACCGUUUAAGUUCCCAAGAAUUGGAAAUGGAAGAAUUGAAUCUAGCGAGAUAGAUGAAAAAGACCAAUACCUAGAUGAUGAAGAUGAUGGAGAGCAUCAACAUCAGCUAAAGAGGUCUAGCACUGGUACUACUGCUGGUCUAGAUGGUGAUGAUAAUAGCAGUACUGGUGCUAAUCGUCUUCGAGGAUGGCACCACUCAUCGCGGAUCAUUAGAGUCUCUCGAGCCUUCGGUGGCAAAGAUCGCCACAGCAAAGUUUGGACUUCAAAAGGGCUUCGAGACCGGAGAGUUCGGUUAUCUGUUACCACUGCGAUUCAAUUCUACGAUCUACAAGAUCGGUUGGGUUAUGAUCAGCCUAGUAAAGCCGUUGAAUGGUUGAUCGAAGCUGCUGCAGAUGCAAUUUCAGAGCUCCCUUCUCUCAGUAGUUCUUUUCCUGACACACCAAAGCAAUUUAGAGAUGAAAAGAGGGUAAGUGAAGAAACUGAUCAACAAGCGUUUGAUUCAGUUGAAUUAGAUGGUGAUCCAAAUUGUCAGCAUCGUUCCUUAAGUAAAUCUGCUUGUAGCAGUAACUCUGAGACAAGCAAAGGCUCAGGUUUGUCUGUCUCACGUUCUUUAACACGGGUGAAUAGAGUGAAAGUUGCUCGAGAGAGAGCAAAAGAAAGAUCAGCUGCAAAGGAGAAGAUGAGGGAGAAUGAGUCUCGUAUUUCACAUCAUCAUGUGAAUGCCAUCUCGCAAAGUUCAUUUACUGAGUUACUUACCUGUGGUAUUGGCAAUGUCAACAACAACAGUAGGCCGGGCACCCAUCAAGAGCCAAACGGCGAGUCCUUCUUCCACAAGCCAACAACAGCAAGACCAUGGUCUGCAAUCUCCAUGGACUACUUUAACACCGAGCUAAUGGAGCCAUCUUCUUCUCGUCCACAUAAUUUUUCUGGACAAAUUCAAUUAGCGUCAAUCCCACCAUUUAGUUUAUCAAAUGAAAAUCAUCAAGAAAUUCAGCAGCACUUUCCAUUUGCUGCAGACCAUCUGAUCUCAGUCACAACCGGCCAACCGGGGCCUGGCGGCGACUACAAUCGCAACUUCACAAUUUCUCCUGGCCUUUCUAAUUUUAAUAGGGGGACCCUUCAGUCCAAUUCGUCACCGUCUAUUUUGCCUCAUAUUCAGAGGUUUAGUACAUCUCCUAUAGACGGAUCAAAUAUACCUUUCCUUAUUGGCACUACACCACCAUCUGUGGAGAAUCCUCAUCAACAUCACCAGUUCCCAGCUGGGUUUGAUGGCCGCUUGCACCUUUACUAUGGCAAUGGAAGUAGGCAUUUAGACCAAACAGGGAAAGGUAAGAACUGAUGAUUGUUUCUUGCCGAUGUCUGCUUUCUGGGCGAGUUUAAGAGAAAUGUCCAACGUCAGAUUUGUUUAAUCAAUGCAGCAGAGGAUUUGAUAUUAAUUAGUGGUGAAGUUUUUGCAUAUUUUGAAGCAAGAGAAUGAAGAUGGAGAAUUAGGGCAAGGCAUAUGUGAAUUAAUGCCUCCAGGCUGUUACUACCAUGCUUCUGGUUUAUCAGUUAUGAAAUGAUUAGUGUGUAUGUGUGCAAAGCACUGUGUUGAAACAAUUGGAGUGAAGCUCUAGCUAGCUAUUCUUUUUUCCUUGGCUUGACUACAAAUUAACUAUUUUAAUGAAAAGCCUUGUGAAUGAU